GACUGCGUUGAACUAGACAGGGAAUUGGGUGUCGUUUUAAGACGUAUUUCCUCAGGAUCAAGGGGCGCUGUGCUGCUGGAUUUUCUGCUCUGGCUUUGCGGCCUUGUUCUGUAGCCUGGAAAAACCACCUCACAACGUUAUGAAAUGAAUACCGGACUGACUUAACCGUGGAGCUCGUCUUUAAUCCCGGCUCGGUCACCGUUCGGGAUGGAUUGAGCCAAGAUGUCGUGCGUUUUGCUGCCGUUACAGCUCGGUAACCUUUCCUCAUGUUAAGCCUUGGAGGAGGAGGAGGUUUUGUUCAGUGUUGUGGUACAACUAUUACUUUCAGACUUCUGCUGUUCGAGUCUGGCAACAACACAACUGUAAGUGGGGGUUUUGGCUUCACGGAGAGACUUGUCAAAUCAGAUUUUUUUAAAGGCUAUCGUUGUAAAUGACUGUGUGUGAGAGAGACAGAGAGAGAGAAUGAGGGAUUCCAACAGAAGGAUUUCAUGCUACUAAACUUGAUGAUGAGGAUAACACCAGUAUGGGCGCUUGGCGCUGGCCAGACUGGAUGAGGAAGUGAGGCUGAGAGAGAGAGAAGUCUGCAGAGAGACAACGGCUACCUGGGACUGCGGCAGGAGAGAGGACCUUUGGGCAGGUUCCUGCAGCUUGUGUCAGGGUGGAGUUAACUGACCCAUGGAGAAUUACUUCCAGGCAGAGGCCUUCAACCUGGAUAAGGUGCUGGAUGACUUUGAACAGAACCAAGAUGAUGAGACAGACAGUCCAACUCUGUCUGAUGCUAAGUGGAGUCAGAUCCUGGCCCCUCCGACCCACUUCUUGUCUCUGAACCCUGCUCUGGCUUUGACCCCUGACCCCAGGGACGGGGACUGUCCCCUCCUCUUCAAGACCCUCCAGGCCCCUGACCCGUCCUCUAGCCACUUCCUAGGGCCUGACUCCAAACGCCACCCCACUGCCAAGCCUCCUUCCUGGGGAGAGGAGAGGCCAGGCCGCACUGCAGACGUCCACAGCCCUCCGCUCCCCCAACCCAACAUCGGCAAGCUGGUGGGUGGUGAGGAGGGCUUGUCUCCCCCUGUGCCGGCUUCUUCUAGCCCCCCUCCUUACCACCAUCUGGCCCUGGAGAACGGCUUCCCCUCUAUCAGCUCCUCUUGUCCAGCCAGCCCUGCUCUCAACGGGCUCAGUGAGGAACCCUGCAAGGGGAACCAUACAGGGGUGACCCCUUCAAUCCAGCAGCCGUCUGCCCUCUCUGAACCACGUCCUGAUGCCCCUGUGGAGGGUAGGCAGGGGGAGAGGAGUGGUGGAAGCUCUCACAUUAGUCAUUCACACUUUAUCUAUGAGGAGAGGCUGGGAGGGGACAGACAGGUGGCAGACAGACAGGUGGCAGUAGAGGAGUCUAACCCCCGGCUGGAGCCAGAGAGCGCUUGGACUGGGUCACCCAUACAGGAGAGGGACAGAGAGGAGGCUGACAUGGCUGGGGGACAGUCACAGGACACUGGGGAGAGGGGACAGAAUGGAGGAUGGAGAGAGGGAAGACCGGGAGAAGACUCUGGGGGGAACGUACAGAAUGGAGGGGUGAUGGAAGAACUGAGAGGGGGGAGAAAGAAGGAGAAGAGUUUGAACGGAGAGCUGGAGAAGAGUAGAGGUCAGAAUGGAGAGAUGGCUCUCACCAACGGCCUGGCGACUGCAAGGGAAGAAGAAGAAGAGGAGAGAGGGUCUCUCACCCCUCCUCCCUCCAAGGAGGACUCCGUAACAGAAGAGAAGGAGAUGGAGGAGAGCAAGCAAGAGAACGAAGGAGGAGGAGAAAGAGGUGGUAGCUCUUUACCCAAGAAACUGAACAACAGUCGUUUGCAGCCGGUGAGCUUGCCGUUCGGCGGUGCACGUCCUAAACAGCCGGUCGGUCUCAAACUCCAGAUCCCCCGGCCCCUAUACGAACAGGUUCAGAACCAUCUAGCACCUUCUGCUGACACCGCCGGCAGCAACACCGCCGGCAGCAACACCGGUGGCGGCAAGAACAAGAACCUUGAGAACCGUGGCGGUGCCGUAAUCAUGGAUACGGCAACUGUAGUUGCCUUGGGUGACUCUGGUGGUGGUGUUGUGAAGAGGGAGUUGCUAACCGGGGCGUCUUCGUCAUCGUCGUCAGGCCUGGUGGAGGUGUCAGAGAACAGCCCGGAUAAUGACUUCCAGGCGGGGCAGCAUCACCAGGGGGCUCUGCCCAGGAAACAGCUCUCCUCCCUGGGUGAUGUGGCCCCCGUGUGGGUCCCUGACUCCCAGGCUCCAGUCUGUAUGAAGUGUGAGGUCCGCUUUACUUUCACCAAGAGGAGGCAUCACUGCAGGGCCUGCGGAAAGGUGUUCUGUGCUGCCUGCUGCAGCCUGAGGAGCAGACUGAUCUACAUGGACAGGAAGGAGGCCAGAGUCUGUAUCACCUGUCACUCUGCCCUACUGAGUGCUCGUUCGAGGGAGGGUAUGUGUGACGGGUCUAACCAGAGUCCUAACCCAAACAACCCAGCAGAGUACUGCAGUACCAUCCCACCUCUGCAGCAGGUCCAAGCCUCAGGGGCGCUGGCCUCCCUUCCCCCCACUGUCAUGGUCCCUGUGGGAGUCCCUAAAACAUCCAGCUCAGAGGGGUCUCUCGCACGGGAGCAGAGGAGGGUGUGCUUUGCAGACGGGAUCCUACCCAAUGGGGAAGCAGCGGAAUCCCCCAAGCCCCCUGCUACCAGCCCCGCUCCCUCGUGUCCAUUGGCCGUCUCGCAGUGUUCCAACAAAUCCUCCACUGCUGAUUCGUCAGAGCCUCCCACCACUACCCUCCAGGCGUUGUCCCCGGCCCCUGCAGCUCCAGUGGGAAGCCCUGUAGGCAGCUCCAUCAGUCUAAUUCCGGAGGACGGACUUCCUCCCAUACUCAUCUCCACCGGAGUUAAAGGAGGUACGGGAGGCCACAGCACAGACUAUGCGGUGGAGGAGCGUCCCUCUGAGAUCGUUCUGAUGCAGCAGCUGGAGGAGGGAGGUCCUGACCCGUUGGUUUUUGUGCUCAACGCCAACCUGCUGGCCAUGGUCAAACUGGUCAACUACGUAAACAGGAAGUGUUGGUAUGUGACCAGUAAGGGGAUGCAUGCAGUGGGCCAGGCUGAGGUGGUGGUGCUGCUGCAGUGUCUACCUGACGAGAAGAGCAUCCCCAAGGACCUCUUUAGCCACUUCGUACAGCUCUACCAGGAGGCCCUCACAGGUAACGUUCUGACCCACCUGGGCCAUUCGUUCUUCACCCAGAGUUUCCUGGGCAGCAGGGAGCAUGGAGGUUUCCUCUACGUCACCCCGUCCUUCCAGUCCCUCCAGGACCUAAUGCUCCCCAACCCCCCCUACCUGUUUGGGGUGUUACUGCAGAAGUGGGAGACCCCCUGGGCCAAGGUGUUCCCCAUCAGACUCAUGUUCCGUCUGGGUGCAGAGUACAGAUUCUACCCCUGUCCUCUGUUCAGCGUGCGGUUCAGAAAACCCCUCUUUGGAGAGACCGGACACACCAUCAUGAACCUGUUAGCAGACUUCCGUAACUACCAGUACACCUUGUCCAUGGUGAAGGGUCUGGUGGUGGACAUGGAGGUGAAGAAGACCUGCAUCAAGAUCCCCAGCAACCGAUACAACGAGCUAAUGAAGGCUAUGAACAAGUCCGAUGAGCACGUCUUGGCCAUGGGGGCGUGUUUCAACGAGCGGGCCGACUCCCACCUGGUGUGUGUUCAGAACGACGACGGAAACUACCAGACGCAGGCUAUCAGCAUUCACCAUCAACCACGCAAAGUGACCGGCGCCUGCUUCUUUGUGUUUAGUGGUUCUCUAAAGGCAGGACACCUGGCCAAGACCAGCAUCGUUGAAGACGGUGUGAUGGUGCAGAUCACAGGAGAGACAAUGGACGCUCUACGGCAAGCCCUGAGGGACAUGAAGGACUUCAGUAUCACCUGUGGCCUGGUCGACCAGGAGGACGGCCAGGAACACGUUCACAUACAGUGGAUAGAAGAUGACCUCAACUUCAACAAGGGAGUGAUCAGUCCUAUCGAUGGGAAGUCUAUGGAGUCCAUCACUAGUGUGAAGAUCUUCCAAGGGUCAGAGUUCAAGGCCAACGGGAAGGUCAUCCGCUGGACAGAGGUGUUCUACCUCCAGAGUGAUGACCAGGCUCAGCCCAACGGUCUAAGUGACCCUGCUGAUCACAGCCGCUUGACGGAGAACGUGGCGAGGGCGUUCUGUGUGGCGCUGUGCCCGCACCUGAAACUGUUGAAGGAGGAUGGCAUGGCCAAGCUGAGCCUUCGGGUCACCCUUGACUCAGAGCAGGUGGGUUACAUGGCGGGCAGUAACGGCCAGCCUCUCCUCCCCCAUUACCUGAGCGACCUGGACAGUACCCUGAUCCCUGUCAUCCACAGCGGGGCAUGUCAACUCAGUGAGGGCCCUGUCAUCAUGGAGCUGAUUUUCUACAUCCUGGAGAUUAUCUCCUAGGAGACAGAUGCAACGGACCCCCCCCUCCCGUUCUCUUGGUUCUCCCUUUCUCUCCGCCACCACUUUUUUUUAUUUUUUUUUAUUAUUAUUAUUUUAUUUUUUUACCCUCCCGUUCUGCCUUGCCUCCCAUCCCUUCAGAGAGGGGCUGAAAACUGAGCAGGGCGGCUAGCUAAUGUUGCUAUCCCUUCACAAGACGGACAGCUAGCUCUGCUGGCUAGCUACCAGCUAGCUAAUGUUGCUAUCCCUUCACCAGACCGACAGUUAGCGCUGCUGGUUAGCUACCAGCUAGCUAGCGUCCCUCCACUCCACCUAUGCACCAUCUCUUCUCUGUCCUUUGACCAGAUCACAUGAUCCAGGAAGUCUGAGUAGCAUUCCAGUUCCACUGUGGUAGCUAGAGGACAAAGCAGAAGCACUGCACUCUGGGAAAUGUCUUCUCUGAAGGCCUUGUUGUAGCAUGGGUGCUCUUAGGACCUAACGGAGAGGUGUCCAGAGCUCUGCCUGAUGAAACAGCGCUUCUAUCUCCGCUGACAAGGACUUCACGCGGUCCGGUGAGCUAGGAAGAUUUAAAAAAAAAAAACUCAGAUAAGGAGAGAGCGAGAGAGCGAGAGAGAGGAAGCAUCCUCCUGGUGAUGCAGUGCCUGCAGGCACAACUCUUCACAGAGGAAAGAAGGGUUUAAGGAAGGAUUUGAAGGAAGGACACUCCUCGGGUCUUCAGUCUGGCCUCUUUAGCUUUUUCCAAUGAUCACCAGGUUCUUUAUUUCCUGACAUGGACGGACUACAGUUUGUUUGCUCUAGUUGUGUUGUUGGAAUGUUUUCUAGGCAGCACAAUUGUAGUUGUCUCACCCUAUUCCCUAUUUAGUGCACGACUUGACCCCAUAGGCCUUUGGUGAAAAGUAGUGAGCUAUAUAGGGGAUAGGGGUCCAUAGAUUUGGGACAUAACCCAGGACUGCCCUCUGCUGUGUGAAUAAGGACCUCAACAGAGUUGUAAGAAUAAUGUAGUUCUGUUCUUGAGGAUGAGAAAAUGUAAGGUAUUUUUAUUUUUGAUCUGUCAAUAUUAUUUUGUCGCUAAAUUUGGCAGAACAAACCCCCCCCUCCCAUAGACAUGUUGACAUUUCGUAAAAAUAAUGACACUAUAUCUGAAGUUGUGUGUAAACAAAGAUCAAUAUAAUAUUAUGUACUUGAGACAUGACCAUUGUGGUUUUGUCAAGGGUUUUGUUGGGUAUAAAACAAAUAUGCCUACGAUAUGAACGACCAGUGCUGCGAUCGAUAGACAGUCUCAUCUGUAAACUCAGACAAUCACGCAUGAAUAUCUGCAGGAGAUGCAUUGACAAACAUCAUUAAGGUAUACGUUUUGUAUACUAUAUGUAUUAAAGAUAGUAAUUUUAUUGUAAAGAUGAUAAAAUCUGGUUGGCAGACAGUAUUGAGGACGUAGUAUAACGAGGACAAUGAAAUGAAUAAACUGCUAUGGACAAAUUACAUUAAAA